CAAGGGCGCAGGUGGCAGAGGGGGCGCACAGGGCGCACCGAGCACACCGGGCCGCCCGCCCGCCCGGUCCCUCCGCUACCGUCCGGCCACGGCCGCACCGACCCCGACCGCUCCGGCUGCUCCCGCCAGCGCCACAAGUUUGUCCCGCCGCGGCCGCCGUCCCCCAUCUCUGAAGGCCCAAGAUGGCGGCGCCCGGCGGGGCAGGCGCAGCCCCGAUGCCGGCUCCCAUGCUGGUCCCGGAUCCGCCGCCCUUCCCGGCCUGGCUCGCAGAGCGGCUGGACGCGCUGGGACUGGACCGCGCCGUGUACGGCGCCUACAUCGAGGGGCUGCUGCGCGAGGAGGAGAGCGACGAGGAGCGGCUGGAGGCGCUGCGGGCCGUCCUGGCCGCCUGCCUGGAAGAAGAUCUCUUGACUGAUGUGUGCAGGGAGGUUGUGGAACGGUGGUCUGACUCCCAGGUCAUUGAUGCCAAAGAGGAGAAAGAAGAUGAGGUCCAGGCCAUCACCAGCAUGAUGGAGAAGCAGGCCAGGAUAGUGGUGAAGCCCCGGGAGGUGUCCCAGGAGGAGAAGCAGAGGAAGGCUGCACUCCUGGCCCAGUAUGCCAACGUGACCGAUGAGGAGGAUGGUGGGGAUGAACAGGAUGGAUUGACGACAGCAGUAAAUAUUGGAUCAGAAAAAUCACUGUUCCGAAACACCAACGUGGAAGAUGUCCUGAAUGCCAGGAAACUGGAGAGGGAGCUGCUGCGAGAUGAGUUCCAGAAGAAGAAAGAGCAGGAUAAACUGCAGAGGGAGAAGGACAAGCUGGCCAAGCAGGAGCGGAAGGAGAAGGAGAAGAAACGAACACAGAAAGGCGAGCGGAAGCGGUAGCUGGUGAUUUCCAGUUGGACUCUCAAAGGAUAAAAUUAAUUCUGAAUACGGUGUGUGUUUUAAAAGCAGCAAGAAUUCCAGGCACUUGGCUGGGAGCAGCUCUUGGGAAAUGUUGCCUUUUUUUUUCUUUUUUUGUUUGUUUUGUUCCAUAGCAGAACAGAAUCUCUGAGCAGCUCCUGGACUCAGUGUGCCCUGUGCUUGUGAUGUCAGUGUCCCAGUCAGUGCUCGUGGCCAGUGUCUGUACCAAAGAAGGAUGAAGUGAUUAUGUCCAUGUUGUUAAAUUGAUCCAUUUUUACUUCUCACCACCUGGCAGCAGAGCAUGGUGUAGAAGCAGCCCCUGCACUGGCCAUGGUGUGAAUUAAGCCCAUCUUGCCAGAAGCCAGGACACCAGGGACUGCCGGGAGCUGCCCUGGGGCACACAUGGGUUCAUUUACACAAACCUGGAAAGACGUCUUUGCAAAUCCCUGUGUUUGCACUGCUGAGGCCAGUGCUCAGGCUGGGCUGGGGGAGCAGGAUUGCAGCUGAGCUCAGCACAGGGCAGUGCUGGGCUGCAGCAGAGGAGUGAGAUGUGUGAAAUGGAGAUGAGCUGCAGUGAUGUGACUGCAUCACUGUGAGUGAGGGAAACACGGCUCGGGCAGGAGCAUUGGCCUCAAGCAGCAGCAAACCACAUCCCUAAUGCAGUUUUAAGACUCCAGAUAGCUGUGAAAUGGCACUCUGCAAUAUUCUCUGGAGUGAACAUGGACUGAUGUGUCCAUGGCUGUUGGCAGGGUGAAGCCCUAAGGCUGCUUUGGCACAAGCAGGAGGAGCUAGGGCUGCACUGGGGUCGCUGCCCACUGGGCACUGCUGCCAUCAGGAACUGCAGUGAUCCUCCUGAAAGCUUCUCCUUCCCCCCAAGGGCUCAUCCCUGCUGCUCCAGCCUUUCUUGUGGUAGUGUUGCCCACUGGGGAAGGAGAACACUAAACCUUGUGAGCUGAGGGGGAAGGAGGUGCUAUGAGAGGAGCGGGUGUCUGGGCUCUGUGCUGCAGCAUGCUCUGGGUGCCUGUUUGCUGCGAGGUGACCUGGGCUGAGCUCCCGUGCUCCUGCACUCCCCCCAGUGCCUGACCCAGUGCCACUUUCAGCCCUGCUCCGACUCCGGGGCCAGGCCUCCCCUUCAAGCCGCUGCUGUGCGUGUGAGUCUCCAGCUGCUUUGUCUUUGGACUUGAAUAAUAAAUCUUGA